UCAUGCUUUUACUGCAAGUAGCCUAAGGUGUCGAUUAUUAUUUUCUCCAGCAGUGCAAUUACUUUGGAGGAGUUGCUUCAAGCCGUGAAAUCAGUCACAGGUUGCACUGUUUUGCAGCGUCUCAGAGCGAGGGUCUUUGGUGAGAGCGGUUCACUGUCGCUGUCGGACCAGUUUGUUUACCUCAUUGUGCGUUGACAUUGCGUCGUCAGACACAUAGGCUAGACAUAAUAGAGCUUGAGUGCCUGAAUUUAAAUCAUUCUUGGCCGACUGUACAUGCAGAUUGCGUUUAGUUCAGCAUGGUCAAGCAAUUGUUAUAAAGGUUGUAGAGACCAAAGUGCGUGGGGAAAAAAUGGAGAGAGAAGCGACAUCUUUGAAGCAGCAAUAUUGCUGCACAACUGUUAUGAACGUUAUCUCGUCUUUAUUCUCUGUAGCGUCCCUUGCAUUUUGCAUAUUAUUAAGUGUACAAACAUCAGCGAUCGCGGACAGGGUCCUGGAUUUGGAAACUGGACAUGGCGAGCAAAUCUUUCACAGGGUCCCCAGUUUUUCUGUGGAUCAGUUUAAUUCAUUGAUUCAAGAGAGAGUGGAUGAGCUCCUGUCACAGCGCUCCUAUGAAGAUUUAUCGAAGGUACGGAUUGCCCGACAAGUUAGCCAUACUCCUGAUUGCAACUGUCCCCCAGGCCCGCCAGGAAAGCGGGGAAGAAGAGGCCGGAAUGGCGAACCUGGACCUCCUGUAAGUAUACAUGACUUCACAGCCUCUCUGGGUGUGGUAUGUAUGGCUCAAAGGUACAAAACCUCUCAACAGAUGCAGAUCAAUUGAUCAAGGGAAACCAUGCACUAUUGCAACA